AUAAACUGAAUUAACUCUCUGGUCUCCGUGUCUCCUCUCUCCUCCUGCUGCUUCCUUUUAACACUCUCUUCAUUUGCCUUUUUGAUUUACAUCCAAAGAAGCAAACAUGUCCUCGGCGCCGUCUCCGGGGACUGGUUCGCCUCCAUCUCCACCAUCAAACUCCACAACCACCACUCCUCCUCCAGCUUCCGCUCCUCCUCCCACCACACCUUCUUCUCCUCCGCCGCCAUCCACUAUUCCGACAUCUCCUCCUCCUUCUUCUCGCUCUACACCUUCUGCUCCUCCUCCAUCUCCACCAACUCCAUCUACGCCGGGAUCUCCACCUCCUCUUCCUCAGCCGUCUCCACCCGCUCCAACUACGCCCGGAUCUCCACCCGCACCUGUUACUCCUCCUACUCGAAACCCUCCACCUUCAGUCCCAGGACCACCGUCCAAUCCUUCACGCGAAGGAGGAUCUCCUCGACCUCCAUCUUCUCCCUCGCCGCCGUCUCCUUCUUCCGACGGUUUAUCAACAGGAGUGGUGGUGGGAAUCGCCAUCGGAGGAGUCGCUCUGCUUGUGAUAGUGACUCUGAUUUGUCUCCUCUGUAAGAAGAAACGACGGAGAGACGAAGAAGAUGCUUACUAUGUUCCUCCGCCACCUCCUCCUGGUCCCAAAGCCGGAGGACCUUACGGUGGACAGCAGCAACAAUGGCGGCAACAAAACGCAACACCACCGUCAGAUCAUGUCGUGACGUCACUACCACCACCACCUAAGGCUCCAUCUCCACCACGGCAACCUCCUCCACCUCCACCACCGCCUUUCAUGAGCAGCAGCGGCGGCUCCGACUACUCGGACCGUCCAGUUCUUCCUCCACCGUCUCCAGGGCUUGUGUUAGGCUUCUCCAAAAGCACUUUCACAUACGAGGAGCUAGCUAGAGCCACCAAUGGUUUCUCCGAGGCGAACUUGUUAGGACAAGGCGGGUUCGGUUACGUGCACAAAGGUGUGUUGCCUAGUGGGAAAGAAGUUGCUGUGAAGCAGUUGAAAGUUGGGAGUGGUCAGGGAGAGAGGGAGUUUCAGGCAGAGGUUGAGAUCAUCAGCAGAGUUCACCACAGGCAUCUGGUGUCUCUUGUUGGUUAUUGCAUCGCCGGUGCCAAAAGAUUGCUUGUCUAUGAGUUUGUUCCUAACAACAAUCUCGAGUUUCACCUCCAUGGCGAGGGACGGCCUACAAUGGAAUGGAGCACCAGAUUGAAGAUUGCUCUUGGAUCUGCUAAAGGACUUUCUUAUCUUCAUGAAGAUUGCAAUCCUAAAAUCAUUCACCGUGAUAUCAAGGCUUCAAACAUAUUGAUAGAUUUCAAGUUUGAAGCUAAGGUUGCUGAUUUUGGUCUUGCUAAGAUUGCUUCUGAUACAAACACGCAUGUAUCAACACGUGUGAUGGGAACCUUUGGGUACUUGGCUCCGGAAUACGCUGCAAGCGGAAAGCUCACGGAGAAGUCUGACGUUUUCUCAUUUGGCGUUGUGCUUUUGGAGCUCAUUACUGGACGUCGACCCGUUGAUGCCAACAAUGUCUAUGUAGAUGACAGCUUAGUUGACUGGGCACGACCAUUGCUUAACCGAGCAUCUGAGCAAGGAGACUUUGAGGGUUUAGCUGAUGCAAAGAUGAAUAAUGGGUAUGACAGAGAGGAGAUGGCUCGCAUGGUUGCUUGUGCUGCGGCUUGUGUUCGCCAUUCAGCUCGCCGCAGACCUCGCAUGAGCCAGAUUGUGCGUGCGUUAGAAGGAAAUGUAUCACUGUCAGAUCUUAACGAAGGGAUGAGACCAGGUCAAAGCAAUGUAUACAGCUCAUACGGAGGAAGCACCGAUUAUGACUCGAGCCAGUACAAUGAAGACAUGAAGAAGUUUAGGAAAAUGGCACUUGGAACUCAAGAGUACAACGCCACGGGUGAGUACAGUAAUCCGACCAGUGACUAUGGACUGUACCCGUCUGGUUCAAGCAGCGAGGGCCAAACCACACGCGAAAUGGAGAUGGGGAAGAUUAAGAGAACCGGUCAGGGUUAUAGUGGACCUUCUCUUUAAACCAGAUGGGAGAGAAAUUGAAGGGUGUUUUUUCAUUAUUUUUUUAAAACUGUAAAGAUAUGAGAAAAUUGCCUUACUCUAAUUAAAACCACUACGAUAUAAGGUUAUAAUACGUUUUGAAUUGGUUUUUAUUUGGUUGCUUCUUUAGAAGUUGUGGUGUUGAUAGUAAGAUUGAGGACGCUGUUUUGAAUACUAUUCUUUGAUUUCUUUUGGGUUUAGGGCUGAA